AUGGAUAUUUACACAUCAGAUGAACAAUAUCAGCCGAUAUUGUCAGAAUUUGAGCAGCAGGCUCUCUUAUUGAAGGCGUUGGCUUCCUUGCAACUGAAUAUGCUGUCUGACGUCAUACGACAUACAACACCUGGUAACGUAGUAGCCUAUCUGAUCAGUAGAGACGCUACGUCACCUCAUUUUCUAGAAUUUCUUGCACUCAGAGCCCAAGCGUAUGAGAGAAAAGGUGAUAUUGAGAAUGCGUUGGCUGAUGUCAAAGCCUAUCUAAAGAUGAAACCCCAGUCAGAGGAAGCAGCAGAGCAACGGAAACGUGGUCGUUGUGAAACUGUACAGAAUCAAAAGAAGGAUCUCAGUGAAGUAAGAAAGGGUGUUCGCACGGAUAGAAAUGUCAUUGGCCUUGCUCGUGUGCAUCUGGAGAGGAAAGGUGAAACAGCAGUGGCCAAAGGAUCGUCUGUCAAGCAAAAGCAACGUGGCCAAAGGCAGGCGGGGCCUCGUCAAGAGGGAGCUGAAUUGGUGAAGUCGAAAUCAGCAGUUGCAGCAGCGAGAUCAAAGCCUUUUGCGCAGGCUCCCCCUGCAUCAAAGCAAUCAAAGUCGCUUGCAUCGAGCUAUAAACUCGCUCAGUAUCGAGAAGCUCCCAUUUACCAAGCAUCCGCUACUGCAACUGCAAGUCGUACAAUGAAGAAAGUACAAGCGUCACAAUCGACAUCGUUAAAGCCUCAGUCAAUACAAAUGAAACAAUCGGAAGACGGUAGAUCAUUUGAGGGUAGAGUUUCAUUUGGUAGGCACUGCAAGAGAACAUUAGAGCAACAAAAUGCAGAAGUGCGUGAUAGAUUAGACACUAAUGAAAAUGUUCAGGAAGACACUUCUGCUGGUUUUUCGAAACGAGACGACGAAAUGAAAAUACUGCUCGAAGCUCUUGGUUGCUUGAACCAAAGAAAUUAUGCAGAUGACAAGAAAGCGUGGGAAUUGGAACAUUUGAGCUUCUUAAUCAAGGAGACAGGUGAUCGCAUCAUACGCUCGGUGCUACAUCGCGGUACUUCACAAGGCUCAUCUGCUUAUUCCGAAACUCCGUCCGAAUUUCAAUUUAGUGAGGCUGUGUUGCAGCGGGGAAGGGUGGUGUGUUCAAAGUGCUUUAAAGGUCAAAAUAAAAAAAACGCAACCUUAACAGAAAAAGACUUAGUACUCAAAACGUGUCCCGUUCACCGAGACACAGCAUGGAAUCCAAUGUUGGUGUGGCCUUCAAAAGAUGAUGGCAAGAACACUUCAUAUGUUUCGAUUCGGUCGAGACCAAGGAACGUUAUCGUGCACUUUACACUCUGCCGGUAUCGUAAUCGUUGCCAUCUCGCUGAGAGAUGUCCUUACCCGCACAAUAUAGAAGAACUGGAAGUGUGGACGUUGGACAGAGAUGGAGAGAGCUGGAAGUUUCGACAACCGAAGAAACUCUGUCUUUGUGAAAGGUUUAGGGUGUACAAACGUUGUUCCUCAGGUCGUUGUUGUGAGUACGCCCACGGCAAAGACGAACUAGAAGAAUGGAAAAGAAGAAAACGCCUGUACCAGAAUAAAUUGAAACUUAGGAACGACACUGGUGAUAGAAGUAGACUUCCUCUGAGACAAAAGGUAGCUGAAAAACUGCGAGCAACCCGAGAUGAAUCUGGGUGUUUUCAACAUUUGAUUGCUCUUGAUUUUCCGUCUGUGGAUAUAUUUUGUGAUCCAUGCGAGAUUGUCUACAUAACGUCCACAGACGGCAAGAACUACAAACAAUUAUUUUGUCUGCGUUUAGAUUACUCUUCUGAUGCUAAGUGCCGCUUUCAAAGAGCGACUCUAAUUGGAGCUUCUGGCUGCUUUAAAUUUUUGUCUUCAAAGGAUUAUGUGUUGACCAGACCGGACAAUUCAGAAAUUGCUGCAAAAGAAAACUCUUUACGUAACGGCACCCAUGUGCUGAAAAUUGAGUUUACCUCACUCACUGAGCAAUCAUUUCGGCAAGACGUACUGCUUGAUUUUGGCGUCAAGCCUUAUCUAAUAAAGACUCUAAGAAUUGAGAUAGGAAACAGCGAGGAAAUGAAUUUGAUCAAAGAGUUUCAUCAACAGAUGAAGAACCAGUCAGAUCAGUGGACAUUUGAUGAUAAACAUUUGUGUCUAGACUAUAUUGAUCGAAGAACUGACGAGGAAGGCUUUGAAACGAAACAUCUUCGUCCUCAAGGUAAACAGCUUAUGUCACGGAUUCAUAAAGCACUGGAUGAACCCUUGUCUACGAAUAACUACCACUCACGUUUUCACACUCUUCUUUUCGUUGAGGAGAUAGCAAGAGUUACUGCUCUCAGCGGAUUUAAUAGACAAAGUAUGACGAUGAAGAUACGUCAGGAUUCCGAGGGCACGUUGGGAGAAAUCGAUGUAGGUCACCGCCUUCCAUCUAAUUCAACAACCAGUGCAUUUAUUCGCCUGUUUGACGACUGUGUCGUGUUUGAGUUAAGAAUUCAUGAAAUAAGAGGCGAAACGUUAUCUCUUUUACUGCCACCCAACUUUCUUGAUACCACUGGUAUUACGACCAAUUCUGACGUACACGUACAAGUUGAUUUUCAGCUUGCAUUUGACAGAACUCACUACAUCAACUUACACGAAGCUGUUGACUGUUUGAGCAGUGACACUGUUUCACAACGUUUGAUUGCAAAGCCACCUCAUUCUAAUGCUUGCAAUAUUGAUCUAUGUCUGACCUUUCCCAUUCAAGCUGACCUUAACAGUGAACAACAGAAAGCAAUAGAACGAGUUCUGUGUCAACGUGAAACCUUUCCCGUUAUUGUCAACGGCCCUUUUGGAACAGGGAAAACGCACCUUUUAGCGGAGGCUGUGCGAAUCAUUCUUGACCGCCCCACGGUCUGUCGCAUUCUUAUUUGCACUCAAUCGAAUCAUGCUGCAGAUCUUUACGUCAAGAAAAUCGACGACUUUUUUCAGAAGAAGAUGUGUGCAACUGCUCAUCUUCACAGAAUUUACUACAAAUACUACAAUCGAUACCGCAUCGAUCGUAGCAUAUUCAAAGUCGUUUCGGGCUAUUGUAAAUUUGAGAACGACCAAUUUAUUAUGCCAGACAAAGCGACGCUAGAAAAGGACCGUCUUGUGGUCAUUACGACUCUUGUCACUUCAAUGCAGUUGAGAAGGCUAGGGCUUCCUACACGAUUUUUUACUCACAUUUUUAUAGAUGAAGCGGCUCAGGCUACGGAGCCGGAAACAGUAGCAGCUCUCAGCUUUGCAAGUGAGAAAACGUGUGUCGUUAUGGCUGGCGAUCACAAACAAAUUAAUCCUCCUAUUCAUUCACCUGUGGCACGAAUGGGCAAGCUUCAUUACUCUCUCUUUCGUCGUUUGUACAAAGAGCUUCCUCCUGUAUUCGAUCUUAAAGUGGAUUUAGUCGUCAAUUACCGUUGCCACUGGGACAUUCUUAGUCUAUCAUCUCGUCUAUUCUACCACACUGUUGUCGUAGACAAAAGCAACGCCGCAGGUCCACAAGAUCGUCAUCCAAAGUAUCCACCGGUCAGCUUCUGUGCUACGUCUAAAACUCAGUCAAAGCAAGCAGGAUAUGAUGGAUCGUACUACAAUCCUAAAGAAGCUGAAGCUGUUGUCAAGCACGUAAAGGAAAUAUUAGAUGAUUGGCCGUGGUGGCCUUACAAAGACAACGAUCUAUGUGUUAUUACAAGUGAAAGAUGGCAGGCUCGCUAUAUUAGGACUCUUGUUCGCAGCUUUGACAAGAGAGUCGACGUAUUGACUGCUGGUGUUGUUCAAGGUCGUCAGUUCCGCGCUUGCGUCAUAAGUACGGUUCUAACGGAAGACGGAUUUCGCGAACGCGGCAGCUUGGACGAUACCGACUUCUUAUCAAACGCCAAGCUGCUCAACACUGUUAUCACACGGGCUCAGUCUCUCGUUCUCGUCGUCGGAGAUCCCUUAUGCUUGUGCACGUGCGGAAAACUCGAUCAGUUAUGGCUGCAGUACAUUGCCUAUUGCCAUGACAACGGAGGAUGUUUCGGAUCGAUGUCAUUUGAGGAGCUGCAGAUGAAGUUGGGUAUCCUCAACACAAAACUGAAUCCGGAAUCGCAGAGGUUUGUACCUGUUUCAAACAGCGUGGAGCAUUUCUCUCGACGUGUCGACAGCACUAUAAAAAAUCUGACGGAUGAGAGGUCAGCGUGGAGUAGCCAACAACAUCACAGCAUCGCCUACAAUGACGAUUCUGACGACGACGACAUGGUAGAAGAGUAUCGCCGUCGAGUGGCACAAAAGAAAAUCGAACGUGACCUACUGCAGCUGUCCUCUAAAGCGACCGUGCAACCGGUCGAAAAAGGAGGAGGAUACGAAUGGCAACUUGUCGACCAUUCUACAAUUGACGAUAGUGUAAAGUACGGGAGUUCUGUUCUAUACGAGGAGCACUUGAGAGGAAAUGCUCGUUUCGAGGUGAUCAAACGAGAUCCAAAUAAAUAUUUUCGCUGUCGGUUGCAUGUGACGAACGGCGACGACGCCGUUGCCGUCGCUUACAAAAUGCCAAACAUGGAAAUAUCAAUCAGAGGAUGGAAGAGAAGAAACCGAUCCUUUGAUGGAGAAGAAGUUCUCGUACGGUUAGACGACACAUCACGUUAUGGAAAGGAGAUUACGUCGCGCAACGGUACAGUUGUUGGUAUUUUUCAGGAGGAGAGACCGAGCGAAUGGGUGUGUGUUCUAUCUAAAAGAGGCAAAAAUUUAUUGCUGCCGUUAGACGAAUCGCUUCCUUGCAUAAUUAAUCUUCCGUGGGACGUUGAAGAUAACGGAAUUGCGAUUUUCAAGAGAAGAUCGAGGAGACAUAGGCCUACUUCCAUCGAGCCGAUUAACUUUAUUCCUGUGAGGGAUGUGUCGUGCAAACUCUUUAUUGUUCAAUUUCUAAAGUGGAGAAUCGACUGCAUGCACCCGUUGGGCAUUGUUGUUGAAGUCUUGCCUUUUGCUCUGACGUUAGAAUCUGGGAUAGACAUUUUGUCUCGUCAAUACUUUCCAAUCAGAAUGAACGAUGAAUUGAGUCAAGACGCUGAGAACGACGUCACAUCAUUUUCACGCUCUAUUCCAUUUGAAGAGUACUAUGCUCGCGGCAUGCCGUUGACAAAUGCCUUUACAAUCGAUUCAGCAAACUCCACAGACUUAGACGAUGCUCUCAGCUUUGAGCAAGACGCAGAGACCGGGAGUCGUCGAGUCUCUGUUUACAUUUCCGACGUUUCUUAUUUCUGCCGAUUGGGAUCGAGUCUCGAUUUUUACGCAUUAACAAUGGGGACGACGUACUACGACCAAGAAGGUCGAAGAAAACGCGACAUGUUUCCACAACGGCUCAGCUCGAAUCUCUUCAGCCUUCUACCUGGUGUCGAUCGUCUGGCAAUCCGCGUUCGUUUUGAAUUCGAUCGCAAUGCCAAGCUAGUUCGAUUGGACUACAGUCGAUGCAUUGUUCGUUCUAAACGCAAACUCUCUUACGAAACAGUUGAACAGAUAAUUAGCGGAAGCUUAACUGCUGCGAUUGACGAAGAAUUGACUGACCAAAUUCGACGUCUUUAUGAUUUGAGUGUUUGUUUAAGACGUCAACGGUUAGGCGGAACGAGGUACCAUUUGCAGGACAGAGAGACUGCAGGGUGUCAGCGAGCGCAUGCCAUGGUGGAAGAGUUUAUGCUGCUGACUAACAAAACAGUGGCAGAGAGUUUGAUUAAGAAAUGUCGCGCGAUUACUCCACUAAUCGUACAAGGCUCUUCAGACUCUGCCAAAGUUGAAGAAUGGAUUAAAUUGUUUGGAGCCUACUUUGAUUCCUCGUGUGCACUUAGCGAAAUCGCUAACAAACUGACCAUUGGUUCUCAGCUUGCGACAUCUACUGAAGGUUCAUGCGGACCUAUUACGAUAUCUCGACGUCAGUGGCGUGGCAUUCAACUAGCAGCAAAGGUAGAAAAGGACUCUCACCGUCGACAUCAGCUACGUCUAUUGUUAUGCACAGAGUCGCUCUAUCCUCAGCUAGCCAUAGCGCAUACAGGAUACCAUCGAUGCCUUAAGCGAGCUUUGUAUGUUUGCGCUGAUCACAAUGACGAGGCGCUCGUGUUUUCGGUUCAGAAGACAAUGACGGAAAACUAUAUACUGAAGAAAAAAUUCAGGAGAUAUGUUGUCAUUGCUCGAGAACUCGCGCUUUAG